AUGGCGAUAAGUGCAGCUUCCGAUGCGGUGAAGUGCAGGAUGUUUCCAUCCACAUUCAAAGGCACAGCAAUGGCCUGGUUCACAACUUUGCCUCGGGGGUCCAUAGCGAAAUUCCGUGAUUUCUCAUCCAAGUUCCUCAUCCAAUUCUCUGCGAGCCAGAUCAAGCAGGUUACAAUCGACGAUCUGUACAAUGUCCGUCAGUUGGAGCGAGAAACCUUGAAGCAAUAUAUGAAGCGGUAUAGUGCUGCAUCUGUGAAGAUCGAGGAGUUGGAGCCACAAGCCUGCGCCCGCGCCUUCGAAAAUGGACUGUUGCCGGGAAAACUGAACAGCAAGUUGAGUAGAAAGCCAGCCCUCUCAAUGACGGAAGUACGGGCCCGGGCGAACGCCUACAUCCUGGAUGAGGAGGACUACGCGCUUAAGAGAAAGCGAGCGAGGGCAGAAAAGGUUAGCGGGCAAAGGGACAUGAUAUCGUCGAAGAGACGAGGGUGGAAAAAGGAAAAGAGCCGUACGUAG